CGCCGCGGGGGCUGCCGGGGCCGGGGCGGGUGGGGCCGAGCCGCUGCGGGGGGGGGGGUCCCGGUCCCGAUCCCGGUCCCGAUCCCGGUCCCGAUCCCGGUCCCUGUCCCCGUGUCACCGCCGGGAUGUUCUUCACGUGCGGCCCCAACGAGGCCAUGGUGGUGUCGGGUUUCUGCCGCAGCCCCCCCGUGAUGGUGGCCGGGGGCCGGGUGCUGGUGGUGCCGUGUCUGCAGCAGAUCCAGCGGAUCUCCCUCAACACCCUGACCCUCAACGUGCGCAGUGAGAAGGUGUACACCCGCCACGGCGUCCCCAUCUCUGUCACUGGCAUCGCCCAGGUGAAGAUCCAGGGGCAGAACAAGGAGAUGCUGGCGGCUGCCUGCCAGAUGUUCCUGGGCAAGUCGGAGAGCGAGAUCGCCCAGAUCGCCCUGGAGACCCUGGAGGGCCACCAGCGCGCCAUCAUGGCCCACAUGACCGUGGAGGAGAUCUACAAGGACCGGCAGAAGUUUUCGGAGCAGGUUUUCAACGUGGCCUCGUCCGACCUGGUCAACAUGGGGAUCAGCGUGGUCAGCUACACCCUGAAGGACAUCCACGAUGACCAGGAUUACCUGCACUCGCUGGGGAAGGGCCGCACGGCGCAGGUGCAGCGUGAUGCCCGCGUGGGGGAGGCCGAGGCCAAGCGGGACGCCGGCAUCCGCGAGGCGCGGGCGCGCCAGGAGCAGGUUUCGGCGCAGCUGCUGAGCGAGACGGCGAUGGCGCAGGCCCAGCGGGACUUCCAGGUGCAGCAGGCGCUCUGCGACGCCGCCGUCAACGCCCGCAAGGCCCAGGCCGACCUGGCCUACCAGCUGCAGGUGGCGAGGACGAAGCAGCAGAUCGAGGAGCAGCGGGCGCAGGUGCUGGUGGUGGAGCGGGCACAGCAGGCGCAGCUGCAGGAGCACGAGAUCGGGCGCCGCGAGCGCGAGCUGGAGGCCACCGUCCGCAAACCCGCCGAGGCCGAGCGCUAUCGCCUGGAGCGGCUGGCUGAGGCUGAGCGGUUGCAGGUGAUGACCCAGGCGGAGGCGGAGGCGGAGGCCAUGCGGGUGACGGGAGCGGCGCGGGCGGCAGCGGUGGCCGCCCGGGCGCGGGCGGAGGCGGCGCAGACGGAGGCCAAGGCUGAGGCUUUCGGGCAGUUCCGCGAGGCCGCCGUGGUCGAUAUGGUGCUGCAGAGGCUGCCCCAGGUGGCGGAGGCGGUGGCUCAGCCGCUGCUGGGGACGCGCCGGGUGACGCUGGUGGCCGGUGGCUCCGGGGACAUCGGGGUGUCGCGGCUCCCCGGCGAGAUCCUGGACGUCGUCACCCGCCUGCCCGCCGCCGUCGAGGCCCUGACAGGCGUCAGCGUCACCCAGGCUGCCCAGAAGAAGUCCGACUGCGUGGCCUGAGGCGGUGCCACCGGGUCCCCAAGGUGUCCCCAAGGUGCCACCACCCCCUGGAGCCUCCACGUCCUCCCCCGUGUCCCCUUCUGUCACCCAAGUGCCACCACGUCCCCAUGGAGCCACCGCCCCGUGGUGCUGCCGUGGCCCCCAAAGUGCCACCAACCCCUCCCCAAGUGCCACCUCGUGUCCCCCCCGCCCCUUCGGGGGGUCCCCGGGGUGGGGGACACGUCCCAACAUGUGUCCCCAUGUGUGUCCCAAUGUCAUUAAAAGCUGUCGCAUCUGCA